AUGAGCUCUCAUCAGAAACCAUCCACCGCAGGGAAACCGAUUCGCUGCAAAGCCGCGGUUUGUCGCGUGGCCGGAGCGCCGCUGGUGAUGGAGGAAGUAACGGUGGCUCCGCCGCAGGCGCACGAAGCGCGGAUUCGAAUCGUCUGCACGUCGCUCUGCCAGAGCGACGUUACUUUCUGGAAGCUGAAGGAUUUCCCCGGGAUUACGCCGAGGAUUCUCGGCCAUGAAGCGAUUGGGAUCGUGGAGAGCGUGGGAGCUGAAGUCACCGAGUUAACUGAAGGCGACACAGUGAUCCCCGUCUUCCUUUCAGACUGUGGAGAAUGCUCGGAUUGCCUGUCCAAGAAGAGCAAUCUCUGCUCGAAGCUCCCUUUCAAGGUCUCUCCAUGGAUGCCGAGAGACGGCACCAGCCGAUUCACGGACCUCGAUGGGAACACCAUCCACCAUUUCCUCUCCGUCUCCAGCUUCAGCGAGUACACCGUCGUGGACAUCGCUCAUCUCACCAAGAUCGAUCUCGACGGCGACGUCCAGAUGAACAGAGCUUGCCUCCUCAGCUGUGGCGUCUCCACCGGUGUGGGUGCUGCGUGGAGAACUGCUGAUGUUGAAGAAGGAACAACGGUGGUAAUCUUCGGGCUGGGUUCAAUUGGAUUAGCGGUUGCUGAGGGUGCCAGGAUACGUGGUGCUGCUAGAAUCAUAGGCAUAGAUAUGAAGCCAGAGAAGUUUGAUGUUGGGAAAAAGUUUGGAAUCACCGAGUUUGUCAAUCCUGCAGAUUGUGGAGAUAAACCCUUGAGCCAGGUGAUCAACGAGAUGACAAAAGGAGGAGCUGAUUAUUGCUUUGAAUGUGUUGGUCUGCCAUCUUUAAUGGAGGAGGCAUAUGCUUGUUGCCGCAAGGGAUGGGGGAAGACAAUUGUCCUAGGAGUUGCCAGACCAAUGUCUGAGAUGAAGCUCGAAUGCUUCAAGGUCCUUCACUUUGGGAAAAUACUUACAGGCUCGCUUUUUGGUGGUCUCAAACCCAAGUCCGAUAUUCCAAUGCUCUUAAAACGUUACAUGGACAGGGAUCUUGAGCUAGAUAAAUUUGUGACCCAUGAGUUGGAUUUCGAAGAGAUCAACACAGCCUUUGAUCUGCUCGUUGAAGGCAAGUCUCUCCGUUGUGUCAUGUGGAUGGACAGGUAA